CAGUGCUACUCUAAUUUCUCUCCAUUGUAACCGACAAGUCGAGUCCACGAUUCGAAACAACAGGUUGAACAACACGAGGAUAAAAAUAUGACGGUGACUAAAACGAAUGGGAAAACGGCGAUAGAGACGAGACUUUUCAACGAGGAUGAGAAGGAGGUUCGAAAUAAUAGCACGUUGUUAUCUAACGGAAAGGAGAGAGAGGAGGAGGAUGAAGACGAGAUCACGUUGGAAGAUUUGGCUCCCGAUGGUGGUUGGGGAUGGAUGGUCGCCAUAGCCAUGAUACUGAUCUUUAUUACGACGUUCGGGCCAACUUCGUCGUUUGGGAUAAUAUUCGGCGAUUUUCUGGAAGAAACUGGCCAAGCUGGAACCGCGAUGACACUUUUCAAUUCCGUUUUCAUGGUCACAUUCUCUAUCGCCGGUUUGAUGACCAACACGCUGCUCAAGAGGUAUUCCAUGAGGCCGGUGGGGGUGGUCGGUGCGAUGCUGUUCUCGUUUCCAAACGUGUGCCUAGCGUUCGUGCGGAACGUGUACGAGAUGGCCUUGAUAAAUUUCCUGCAAGGGUUAGGGCUCGGCCUGAUUUUCACCAUUUGCAACACGAAUUUCAACGCGUACUUCGUGAAGAGGAGGGCGCCGGUGAUGAGCGCGGCCCAAGUGAUCGUAGGCCUCGGUGGAAUCGCGUAUCCCAUAUGCAUCGAGAAAAUGAUGAGGAUGUACGGGUUUCGAGGGACCGCGUUGAUGACGGGCGCCAUGAGCUUGAACUCCAUCGUCGGGAUGACGAUGAUGCAUCCCGUUGAAUGGCACGCGAGGAAACCGGAAGACGUCCGGGCGGAGAAGAGGCGGGCGAAAGAGGAGUGGAAAUUGCGCGGCGUGAUACCGGAUCGUCGUUACAGCGACUUCACAACAGCUCCUGUAAAAACGAGAUGCAGCAGUUUAACGAGCCUCAAGGACGAGAGUGUGAAACAGGUUCCACUUUUGAUCGAAACGUUGAAAACGCCAGCGAAAAGGGUAGCCUCGAUAUCCGAGAUCGAAGACAGAAUUUACAAUCGAAUGAAAUCUAAAUCGAUGCGUGAAUUGUUAACGCAACGAUUGUCCGCGUUUUCCUCGUCAAGUUUGGUGAAUUUGGUGACGGGGAUCGGAAGUCUAGGGGACACUAGGCAGCAUCACACGGACGGGACGAAAGUGAGGAAAAUAGAGAAGGGAGUGCAAGUUUCGAUGGAAGAGAAAAAGGAUAUCGGUAAAGGUUCUCUACAGUACGUGAAAUUAUUUUUCAACGUUCUCUCUCUCUCU